CUGUUGCAGUUGUAGCCGCCCUUUCCGGUCAUGUGACUUGUUGGAUUGUUUGUGACCGCGCGUCUUUCAGUGUUGGCGCGUUAUCUGCAGACUGAAGCCUGCUGCUGCUGUAGACAUCAGUGUUGUAGAGAAGCCUGCUGCUGUAGAGCCUACAGCUGACAGAUACUUUACCUCUCCACAUACUAGUAGAAGUUGAAGAAGAUGUCUUCUGACUGGACCCGAGGCAGACGGCGCGAUGCUAACAACAGCGACCAUGACAACAGGAGCUAUGGUGUGUCGCGGUGGUCCAACUGCAGGAAACGAGGGGUCGACGGAAGCCUGCGGGCCAACAAAGAGGCAGAUGGUGGCGAAAACGGCGGGCACACUGACAACAGACAUGCUAGCUUCACCACUCCAGAAGGCACAGGCCCGGUGUCUCGCUGUAGUAGACAGUCCGACUGGGGCAGCCAGGUGGAUGAUGAUGAGAUGAGGAGGGACGUACACAGAGACAUGCAGCGUUACAGGAGGAGGAUACUGGGUGGAGAGGUCACCCAGAGAGAGAGAAAGACCUCCUCUGGCUCUUCUGGGAGCUGUGACUCAAAAGAGGGAGAAAACAUGGAGACAGACGAGGCUGUGUUGCUACGGCGACAGAAACAGAUCAACUAUGGCAAGAACACGCUGGCCUAUGACCGAUACGUCAAAGAAGUUCCAAAACACAUGCGUCAGCCGGGUGUUCACCCAAAGACUCCCAAUAAGUUCAGGAAGUACAGCCGUCGCUCAUGGGACCAGCAGAUCAAACUGUGGAAGGUCAAGCUGCAUGCCUGGGACCCCCCAACAGAGGAGGGCCAAGACAAAGUCCUUGAUAACAUUGAGGAGCUUGAUUUCAACGAUGUAAUGGACAUUGAGCUGGACUUCCCAAACUUGCCCGACUCACAGAAUGCUCCGACCGCACGUAGCCUUUCACUGGAGGGUGAAGACUGUUCAGGCACUCCAGUUAAAGUACAGAAGACAGAACCCACAGUGGAGCCUGACAUGGCAUAGCUCAUCGUGGAACAGAAAAUAAAACAUGUUCUUGACACUUAUCAAAUGGUUCAGCCCCCCCGACACGUUCACUUCUCACAGCCCACCAUCUUACCCUGAAUGAUGUUCCAGGUACCAGCUACUUGAUCUGCUCGAAGCAAUGCUGCAUCUGCACAGCUUCGCAAUGCUGCGGCUGUCUCUCAGCUAGUAGUUAUUAGUUCAACACUGUAACAUAUUUCAUAUUCUGUUUCCAUUCAUACUAGUGCUUCUUAAUCUGUUGGUUGGGACCUUUUACAGAUUACUAAUCUGCUCAGGGAGUCUUCUUUAUGGCAAGAUUUUACAGUUGCAUGUUGAAUCAAGCCUGGGUCAGUUUAAAUUGUUUGACUUGACUUUGUCUCUUGACCUGGAAAAAACACUUGUAGCACUGACCUGUGGCCUGCAAGAGCAGACAUCCAGGUUUGUUGAUGUCCAUUAUGUGCAAAUGUUAAACCACAUCCUGCUUAUACUUGCUGAAUAGAAUGUUAGAAUACGCAGAAACCGACUGAACUCAAAGUGUUCUUUCAGUCGUUUAAAGGAGACGGGCAAACCAAAGGCAAAGUACUUUCCAUUUAAUGUUUCACAUUGACAAGAUAUUUUUUUUUCCCUCGUACAUUCUACAUACUGAAGAGCAUUACUUCAAUUAUAUCGGGCUGUGAUUUGUUUUUAUAUUGGUUGUUUUUUUAAUGCAAAUGUUGCUGUGUUUAUUGCUGGUGAAGACUUUCAAAUAAAAAAAAAACUUGAAUGUG